AUGGGCGAUGGCGGUGUUGCAUGCGUGCCUUCACAGCAUGUUAUGGAGAAGUUUUCAAUUUGCGGAGGCAAGACCAACGGCAACACCAAGAUCAAUUCUUCUUCAAAGUCUUCACUCAGAAUGAGUUCAAAAAUGAAGGGGAAAAAAGAAAGGCGAGGUGAAUUGGGUUUGAAGAAUAUUAGCCGUGAUAAAGAAGCUGUUGAGAAUCAUGGCAAUGGUGAAGUUUGCAGUAAUAAUAAAGAUGAGGUGGAAGAAGGUGAAUUGGGAACUUUUCCCAUUGAGAAUGGGGAGUUUGUUCCUGAAAAACCGGAAAGGAAACAUGAGAUUAAGGGUGAGUUUGAAAAGAACGAGUUUGUUACUCCAAGGUGGCGAAAGGGUGGUGGUGAAAUGGAUAGGGAGGGAUGGCGGUCCUCAAAGGAAGAAUUGGAGAAAGGGGAAUUUGUACCCGACAGGUGGCGUAGAAGUGAGUUCGAAUUUCGGGGUGAUGAUUACGGCUACUCAAAGUCGCGAAGAUAUGAUUCUGCAAAGGAAAGAGUAUGGAAACUUGAGCAUGAACGAACACCACCUUAUUCAAAAGAAAAGGGAUGGAAGGUUGACCGUGAACAUGAGUGGAUUUCACAGUCCCGUAAAGAAAGGGGUUGGAAGGGUGACCAUGAAUGGUCGCCACCUUCUUCAAAAGAAAAGGGGUGGAAAGGUGAUCGUGAACGUGAGUGGACACCGCCUUCAUCCGGUAAGUAUUCGGUUGGGAAAGAGUUUAAUAGAAGUGGUGGGACUAAUCUGCAUGCAAAGAAGUCUACUUCUAGAUAUGAAGCUGACAGGAAUCUGAGGAUCGGUUCUAAAGUUGUGGACGAGGAAGGUUUCUACAAGAAUGACCUCAAUAACGGUAAGAAUCAUGCAAGAGACUAUUCCUUUGGUAAUCGCCCAAAGCGGUAUGGUAAUGAUUCAGAUAGCAUUGACAGGAAGUACCGUGGUGAGGGUGAUUUCUACUCUAAUUCAAAAAUUCGAAAGCUUUCUGACGAGGGUAGCCGCUCUACAUACUCGUCAGAGUACUAUUCUGGCCGUUUUGUUGAGAGACAGAGUAAAACUGCUCAUUCAUCAUCACGGAACAUUCCUUCUGAAAGGUAUUCUUCUAGGCAUCUUGAGUCAUCUAGAGCAGUUUCUGACAGGCAUAAUAGCAGUCCACGUCAUUCUGAGCGGUCCCCACGAGAUCGGCCCCGCAAUCAGGAUGAUCGGGGUCAGAGCCCAGCCCGACCUGAUAGGUCCCCUUAUGAUCGGAGGCAUCACUAUGAGAGAAGUAGGUCUCCCUACGAUCGGAGCCAUCAGCACGACAGAAGUCGGUCUCCCUAUGUUCGGAGCCAUUACUACGAUCAUAGAUAUCAAAGCCCUAGCUAUGUAGAGCAGUCCUCCCACGAUCAAGGUCGAAGCCACGAUGGCAAGACUCGGACUUCAACUACGUUGGAGCACUCACCAUUUGAUCAUGGUAGGUCCAGUGACCGCAGGGAAACAAAUUGGAGAAGUGGAUCGAGCGAGAGGCAGUCGAAUCAUUAUGAAAGAAAAGAACAAGAACAAAAGCAUAACCAGAAGGAUUCUGGUGGGAAUAAUUCCCAUGUUUUAGCUAAAGAGUCCCAAGAUAAAAGAAAUUUGGAUAUUGAGAAUUGCUCCAAUGAUAAAACUGGCAGCAAUGCUUCUCAUCUGGAAGAGCUGUCUGAAAGUCCUAUUUUAAAGGGUAAAGAAUCUCCUCUGGAAAAUGGAGCUACUGAAGAGCUGACAUCCAUGGAAGAAGAUAUGGAUAUCUGCAACACACCUCCACAUGUCUCAGUGAUAGCAGAUGCGGCCUCGGGAAAGUGGUACUACCUGGAUCAUUUUGGUGUGGAACGGGGGCCUUCAAAAUUGUCCCAGUUAAAAACAUUGGUUGAGGAAGGAUAUCUGGUAUCUGACCACCUAAUCAAGCAUUUCGAUAGCGACAGGUGGGUAACUGUUGAAAAAGCAGUUUCCCCAUUGGUUACUGCGAAUUUCCCUUCAAUUGUUUCAGACAAAGUUACUCAGCUAGUGUGCCCUCCUGAGGCUCCUGGUAAUUUGUUGGCAGAUAAGGGAAACUGGGCACUUUCUGGUAGCGUGGCUGGUGAAAUAUCAAUGUUCCAUUCGUCAGAUCCAAUAUUCUGCUCCGAGGACAAUUCAGCUGUAUCAGAGCAUUUGGAAGAUCUGUAUAUUGAUGAAAGAAUUGGAAUGCUGUUAGAUGGUGUUGAAUUACUUCCUGGCAAGGAACUUGAGACAGUUGGGGAAGUGCUGCAAAUGACGUUUAGGCCUGGGGAGUGGGAGAGAGGUGGAAAUAUUGAAGAUUUCACUUGGUGUCAACUUCACUUAGGUGAACAAAGUGAGGAAAAAAGUGGCGAUGGUUCAUAUGGUAUUACUGAAUUUUCACUGAAAGACGGUGCAGAUUCAAGCUCCGUUAUGCUGACCCCAUCUGAGAAAGAUAAUACUUUUGCUUGUAUUGACACUGGUGAAUGGUUUUCUGGCCAGUGGUCGUGCAAGGGCGGGGAUUGGAAGAGGAACGAGGAAGUUUCUCAAGAUAGAUCUUGGAAGAGGAAGCUUGUUCUUAACAAUGGCUAUCCUCUAUGCCAAAUGCCAAAAUCUGGCCAUGAAGACCCUCGAUGGCAGCAGAAAGAUGAUUUGUACCAUCCUUCCCAGAGCAGAAGACUUGACCUCCCACCAUGGGUCUUUACCUCACCAGAAGAACUGAAUGAACCCGUCAGUGCAAGCAGACCAAGUCAAACUAAAUCUGCCUCUGUUAGGGGACUGAAAGGAAUAAUGCUUCCAGUGAUCAGGAUCAAUGCAUGUGUGGUAAAAGACUAUGGGUCAUUUGUUUCUGAGCCUCACUUGAAAGGUAGAGGAAAGGAAAAAUAUUCUUCAAGGUCCUCACGACCAUAUUCAGUAAUUGAUGAAACAAAGAGGUCAUCACAAGAUGGUCACCCAAAGAGCUUGAAUGAGCAAGAUUCACAGGGUUCUUGGAAGAACAGCACAUCCUUCAGUGUACCAAACAACCGCCUCUGCAGAGCAGAUGAGUUGGAGUUACAUAUGGGUGAUUGGUACUAUCUAGAUGGUGCCGGGCAUGAAAAAGGACCUUUAUCAUUUUCAGAGCUGCAAGUAUUGGCAGAUCAAGGUGUAAUCGAGAAGCAUAGCAGUGUGUUUAGAAAACAUGAUAAAAUUUGGGUCCCAAUUACCUCUACUGCCAAAGAACCUGAGCCUGGUGGAAAGUUUGAAAACGACAAUACUAUAGCAUCUACUGAUACUUCUGGAGCUUCUCUGUCAGAAUCAAGGGCUAUAUCAAGUGGAAGCCACAUAGUUUCAUCUAAGUUCCAUUUCUUACUUCCACAGUUCAUUGGAUAUACUCGAGGAAAGCUUCAUGAAUUGGUGAUGAAGUCAUACAAGAGUCGGGAGUUUGCUGCAGCUAUAAAUGAAUUCCUAGAUCCAUGGAUCAAUGCUAGACAGUUGAAGAAAGAGAUGGACAAACAUAUUUACCUAUCAGAUCAUUUUCGUCCCAGCAAAAGAGCUAGGGUCGAAGGAAGUGAAGAGGAGGAUGAGAUGGACGAAGAUGCAUCAACUUUUCAGAAGGACAAAUGCACAUUUGAUGAUUUAUGUGGCAAUGUGACUUUCUGCAUAGGAGAUGAAGCAGAUUCUGAGAUUGAGAGGGGAAGCUGGGAUCUGCUGGAUGGUCAUGUACUGGCGAGAGUAUUUCAUUUCCUUAGUGCUGAUCUUAAGUCACUGUUUAAUGCCUCUUUGACUUGCAAGCACUGGCAAUCUGUGGUCAAGUUUUAUAAAAAUAUUUCUAGACAGGUUGACUUUCUUGCCAUUGCCCCAGAUUGCACUGACUCCACGAUCUCGAAAAUAAUGAAUGAUUACAACAAAGAAAAAAUAACGUCCUUGUUCCUACGUGGUUGUACUGGCAUCACUUCUGGAACGCUUGAAGAAGUUAUCUGGUCAUUUCCAUGUUUGUCAUCUAUAGAUAUUAGAGGUUGCUCUCAGUUAGAAGAUUUGGUUUGUAAAUUUCCAAAUAUUAAAUGGGUCAGGAGCCUGACUCAUUCAAAAAUUAGGAGUCUAACUCGCAUAACUGACAAAAGUUCAUCAGCUUCUAAGACUUAUAGUGGGCUGGAUAGUAAAAUGGAAGAUUCCAGUGGAUUGAAGGAAUAUUUAGAAAGUUUGGAUAAAAGAGACUCUGCAAAUCAGUUUUUCCGUCGAAGCUUGUAUAAGCGUUCAAAGCUAUUUGAUGCUAGAAAGUCAUCCUCUAUCCUCUCAAGGGAUGCUCAAUUGAGACGCUUGGCUAUGAAAAAGUUCGAAAAUGGAUACAAGAGGAUGGAGAAAUUUAUAGUUUUAAGCUUAAGGGACAUCAUGAAGGAGAACACAGUUGAGAUCUUUGAGCCCAAGGUUGCUGAGAUCGAGAAUAGAAUGAAAAAUGGUUAUUAUGCUAGUCGUGGCUUGAGUUAUGUCAAAGAAGAUAUCAGACGGAUGUGCCGGGAUGCGAUUAAAAUGAAAAAUCGUGGUGAUUCCAGAGAUAUGAACCGAAUCAUUACAUUAUUUAUCCGUCUAGCUACGAGCUUGGAAAAAGGUUCGAAGCUUUCUCAUGAAAGAGAUGUGAUAAUGAAGUCUUGGAAAGAUGACUCACCUCCAGGCUUUUCCUCUACUUCGUCAAAGUAUAAAAAGAAUUUGAGUAGGGUGUCAGACAGGAAGUACUUGCAUAAUAGUUCACCAUUCAUUAAUGGUGCUUCUGAUUAUGGAGAUUAUGCAUCUGAUAGAGAAAUUAGAAGGCGUUUAUCCAAAUUAAAUAAGAAAUCUAUGGACUCAGGGAGUGACACAUCUGAUGACCUUGACAAAUCUUCUGGUGAAAGUAUGACUUACAGUGAGAGUUCUGCGUCAGACACGGAAAGUGACUUGGAAUUACGGUCAGAAGGUGGAACUGGAGAGUCAAGAGGGGAUGCAUACUUUUCUCCUGAUGAUGGGUUUGAUUCUUGGGCCGAUGAACGUGAAUGGGGUGCUCGCAUGACAAAGUCUGGCCUUGUUCCACCUGUUACCAGAAAGUAUGAAGUCGUUGAUCACUAUGUAAUUGUUGCAGAUGAGGACGAAGUGGAAAGAAAGAUGCAGGUUUCUUUACCUGAUGAUUAUGCUGAGAAGCUGAAUGCACAAAGAAAUGGCACUGAGGAGUCGGACAUGGAAAUUCCUGAAGUUAAGGAUUACAAACCCAGAAAAUUCCUGGGAGAUGAGGUGAUAGAACAAGAAGUGUAUGGGAUAGAUCCGUAUACUCAUAAUCUUCUUCUGGAUUCCAUGCCAGAAGAAUCAGACUGGUCUCUUACUGAUAAGCAUUUGUUUAUCGAAGAUGUUCUCCUUUGUACGCUCAACAAGCAGGCCAGGCACUUCACUGGCACUGGAAACACUCCUAUGAUUUAUCCUUUGAAACCUGUAUUUCAAGAGAUAUUAGAAACUGGGGAGGAAGAAAAUGACAGGAGAACCAUGAGACUAUGCCAGUUCAUCCUGAAGGCCAUUGAUAGUCGUCCGGAAGACAAUUAUGUUGCUUAUAGAAAGGGGCUCGGUGUUGUUUGCAACAAAGAAGGUGGCUUCAGUGAGGAUGAUUUUGUUGUUGAGUUUCUGGGAGAGGUUUAUCCUUCUUGGAAAUGGUUUGAAAAGCAAGAUGGAAUUCGUUCAUUGCAAAAAAACGAUAAAGAUCCAGCACCUGAGUUCUACAACAUAUAUCUUGAGAGGCCAAAGGGUGAUGCUGAUGGGUAUGAUUUAGUUGUUGUGGAUGCAAUGCACAAGGCAAACUAUGCAAGCCGAAUUUGUCAUUCAUGUAGACCUAAUUGUGAAGCAAAGGUUACUGCUGUUGAUGGUCGAUACCAGAUUGGGAUCUAUUCGGUUAGACCCAUUGCAUAUGGUGAAGAGAUCUCCUUUGACUACAAUUCUGUUACAGAGAGUAAGGAAGAGUACGAAGCUUCUGUUUGCUUAUGUGGCAGCCAGGUUUGCCGUGGAAGUUAUCUGAAUCUUACUGGGGAGGGGGCUUUCCAAAAGGUAAUAAAAGAGUAUCACGGGGUACUUGAUCGACAUCGUUUGAUGCUAGAAGCUUGUGAACUAGAUUUGGUGUCUGAAGAAGAUUACAUUGACCUGGGUAAAGCUGGACUUGGCAGUUGUUUACUUGGCGGGUUACCUGAUUGGCUGAUUGCCUAUUCAGCUCGUCUGGUGAGAUUUAUAAAUUUUGAGAGGACAAAACUUCCUGAUGUAAUUCUGAGGCAUAACAUAGAAGAAAAGAAGAAAUACUUUGCAGAUGUAAGCCUGGAGAUUGAGAGAAGUGAUGCUGAGGUUCAGGCCGAAGGUGUCUACAACCAAAGGCUUCAAAAUUUGGCUCUUACUCUAGACAAGGUGAGGUACGUCAUGAGAUGUGUUUUCGGUGACCCAAAGAAAGCCCCCCCUCCACUGGAGAGGCUUAGCCCUGAAGCAGCAGUUUCAUAUGUUUGGAAAGGAGAGUCAUCAGUUGUGGAGGAACUCAUCCAAUGCAUGGCUCCUCUUAUGGAAGAUGGUAUGUUGAGAGACCUUAAGGCCAAGGUUCUUGCCCAUGAUCCUUCUGGCUCUGGUGAUUUGGAGACCGAGCUUCGGAAGUCAUUGUUAUGGUUGAGGGAUGAGGUCCGCAGUCUUCCUUGUACGUACAGAUGUCGGCAUGAUGCUGCUGCUGACUUAAUUCAUAUAUAUGCUUACACAAAAUGUUUUUUCAGAAUAAGAGAAUAUAAGACUAUGACUUCCCCACCUGUUUACAUCAGUCCACUUGACCUUGGCCCCAAGUAUGCUGGUAAGUUGGGGUCCGGCAUUCAUGAGUAUUGUAAGACAUACAAUGAGACUUAUUGUUUAGGCCAGCUGAUAUUUUGGCACAAUCAAGCUAAUGCUGAACCUGAUGCUAGCCUAGCCCAAGCUAGCAGGGGUUGCUUAUCUUUACCGGAUGUUGGUUCCUUUUAUGCCAAACUUCAGAAGCCAUCACACCGACGUGUUUAUGGCCCAAGGACACUGAAGUUUAUGCUUGCUAGAAUGGAGAAACAACCUCAGAGACCAUGGCCAAAAGAUCGGAUUUGGUCAUUCAAGAAUUCUCCUAGAGUUGUUGGCAGUCCUAUGUUAGAUGCCAUUUUACAGGAGGCUCCAGUCGACAAGGAGAUGAUACAUUGGUUAAAGCUCAGACCUUCCAUUUUCCCGGCCAUGUGA